AGAAUUUUGUUCCCCUUCACAAACAAAAAACAAUAUUUUUUUAAAAAAAUAAUAGGAAAAAAAUUGUUGACUAGGAAUGGACCGACCUCAGCAGAUGCGAGAUGGCCCAUAUGCAUUGGUCCAAUUUUUAAUUUGGCCUCGAAAUAUGUUUAUCUUACGGGGAGGGAAUCUCGUUAACUGCUACUAGUAGUACGAAGCAGCACUGUCGCAGAUCCAUCGUCCACUUAGGCAGAAUCUUGUGUCGCCCCCAACUCCCGACUUCCCGAGCCCGGAGUAACAAACCAUUCCCAGGUAUCCACAUCUGGUGCCCCUUUUCUCGGGCCCCAUCGCACUCUCCUCGAGUUGACUGCAUCCGCCGCGCGCGCCCAAAGCCGCGGCCGCCAUACUUGUUCCUCCUCCCCUUCGUGGACUCCUCCCUCCCUCCCCAUUCUUCUCCAACGAUUCCACCCCUACCCCGUCCAUUCCGUUCCUUCCUUCAAGUACCGGCUCCUCCUCCCGGGCGCCCUCAGCCCCCCUGACUCGCCUCCUGAGCUCGCCGCACGUCUCCCUCCCCGUGCGAGCCACCUGCCUGCUGCGGCACACAGCGCGGCGGCAGCGGUGUCACAGCUAGCAAGACCGGCCGGCCUCCCGCGCGCGCGCGCCAUGACGUGGAAUAAGCCCCCGGCCGCCGGCGCUGCCGCCGACGUCGACGACACCGGCCUCGCGCGCCUCCGGGAGCUCGGGUACAAGCAGGAGCUCAAGCGCGACCUCUCGGUGCUGUCCAACUUCGCCUUCUCCUUCUCCAUCAUCUCGGUGCUGACGGGGAUCACCACGCUCUACAACACGGGCCUCACCUUCGGCGGGCCCGCCACCAUCACCUUCGGCUGGUUCGUCGCCGGCGCCUUCACCAUGGCCGUCGGCCUCUCCAUGGCCGAGAUCUGCUCCUCCUUCCCCACCUCCGGCGGCCUCUACUACUGGAGCGCCCGCCUCUCCGGCAAGCGCUGGGCGCCCUUCGCCUCCUGGAUCACCGGAUGGUUCAACAUCGUUGGACAGUGGGCGGUGACCACCAGCGUGGACUACUCCCUGGCGCAGCUGAUCCAGGUGAUCAUCCUGCUGGGCACCGGCGGCAAGAACGGCGGCGGGUACCUGGCGUCCAAGUACGUGGUGAUCGCCUUCCACGCCGCGAUCCUGCUCAGCCACGCCGUCAUCAACAGCCUCCCCAUCACCGUGCUCUCCUUCUUCGGGCAGUUCGCCGCGGCCUGGAACAUGUUGGGCGUCUUCGUGCUCAUGAUCGCCGUGCCCGCCGUCGCCACCGAGCGGGCCAGCGCCAAGUUCAUCUUCACCCAUUUCAACACCGACAACGGCGCCGGGAUCCGCAGCAACCUCUACAUCUUCGUCCUCGGCCUGCUCAUGAGCCAGUACACGCUCACCGGAUACGACGCCUCCGCGCACAUGACUGAGGAGACCAAGAACGCGGACAAGAACGGCCCGAUCGGCAUCAUCAGCGCCAUCGGCAUUUCGAUCGUGGUGGGCUGGGGCUACAUCCUCGGCAUCACGUUCGCGGUGAAGGACAUAUCCUACCUGCUGAGCCCCGACAACGACGCUGGAGGGUACGCCAUCGCCGAGGUGUUCUACCUCGCCUUCAAGAGCCGGUACGGGAGCGGCGCCGGCGGGAUCGCCUGCCUGGGGAUCGUCGCCGUCGCCAUCUACUUCUGCGGCAUGAGCUCGGUCACAAGCAACUCCAGGAUGGCGUACGCGUUCUCGAGAGACGGCGCCAUGCCCUUCUCCUCCGUGUGGCACAAGGUGAACAAGCAGGAGGUGCCCAUCAACGCCGUCUGGCUCUCGGUUUCCGUCGCCCUCUGCAUGGCGCUGCCGUCGCUGGGCAGCCUGGUGGCGUUCCAGGCGAUGGUGUCGAUCGCGACGAUCGGGCUGUACAUCUCGUACGCGCUACCGAUCCUGUUCCGGGUGACGCUGGCGCGGAAGCACUUCUCGCCGGGGCCCUUCAACCUGGGCCGCUGCGGCGUGCUCGUCGGCUGGGUCGCCGUGCUCUGGGUGGCCACCAUCACCGUUCUCUUUUCGCUGCCCGUCACGUACCCGGUGACCAAGGACACGCUCAACUACACGCCCGUCGCCGUCGGGGGGCUCUUCUUCCUCGUGCUCUCGUCCUGGGUGCUCAGCGCCAGGCACUGGUUCAAGGGCCCCGUCACCAACCUCGACGGAUGAGCUAGCUGAACGCGCGCGCGCGCUGGCCGGGGUGGUGCGCGACGCCAUGGGAUGGGAUGGAUGUGUUCAGGGGGUCACGGUGGAGGCUGCUCUGCUCGCAUGCUAGUUGCUGCUGUUGUAUGGUGGCUGGUUGUUUUAGCCAGGAAAAUGUGUGCGAGUGGUGGCAUUCCACGGGAGACAGGGAGGGAGGCAACGAGAUGUUGUAGUACGAAAGAAAGACCGGCAAGGCAACCGAUAGAGUAAAUUCUGUCGCUAGGUAAAAUGCAUCAGAAUUAAUAGGAUGCAGCAUUUCAUUGCGUCAGACAAAGAUAUCCGUCCCAACAGAAAAAAAAAACUGGUGUUCUAAACAUCAAAGCCCAUCAAGUAGUUGGUAAAUGUGUCUCCACAUCAAUCGACUGAGAUUUUGAUA